AUGUCUACUACUGAUCUAAAUACACGUAAUGGUACUGACCAGCAAAUGACGCUAAGAUCUACCAACAAUUCAAUCAAGUCUUCGAAUAAUCCACCCACACCAACUCCACUAUCGUCUGAUGAAUUCAAUCGAGUAAUCUUGGGAAUGCGUAAAACUCAGGAUGCUACUUUAGCUCAAUGUAAUGCUCUAUCCCUCUCAUUCAACAAAAAAUUUGGCGAACUUCAAUCUGGUAUCAACUCACUUGCUUCUCAAAUUGUUGACUUAAGAUCUGAUAAUACCUCCAUUCGUAAAGACCUUUCUGCUCUCAACAAUAGGAUACGUGUCGUUGAACCUGAAGUGUGUAAAUCAAACAUCUCACCUGCCGACAACAUUCCUCAGCUUCUUCAAGAAUUGUCCGAGAGAAAAAAAUGCUCACAUAAUGUCAUUGUCCAUGCACUUAUUGAAUCUUCUGCUACUUUACCGGCUGGACGUUUAACUGAUGACAUUCAACAUCUGUCUGAUUCUAUUCUACCACUUUAUAUGUCUCUGCCUCCUGAUGUGACCUGA